CUGUGAAUACGUCAAACGGUAGAGAGCGAGAUGCCUGAACCAGCAAAGUCCGCGCCCAAGAAGGGCUCUAAAAAAGCCGUCACUAAAUCCGCUGGCAAGCCUGGCAAACGCAGAAAGAAGGGAAGGAAGGAGAGUUACGCCAUCUACGUCUACAAAGUCCUGAAGCAAGUCCACCCCGACACUGGUAUCUCCUCUAAGGCCAUGAGUAUCAUGAACUCGUUUGUCAACGAUAUCUUCGAGAGAAUCGCUUCCGAGGCCUCGCGAUUGGCUCACUACAACAAGCGCUCCACUAUCACGUCCAGGGAGAUCCAGACUGCUGUUCGUCUCCUCCUCCCCGGUGAGCUGGCCAAACACGCCGUGUCCGAAGGCACCAAGGCCGUCACCAAGUACACCAGCUCUAAGUAGACCAACUUCCGUGCGACCAACAUCUGAACGGUUCUUUUAAGAGCCACCCACUUCCAUUCUAGAGUGCAUUCUUUUAAUUGGUGAAUAUUAUCAUCAUCAUUGACUACACAACUGAAAUGUUGCUGUUAAUUUGUGUGGCCCUUUUACUAUAGUCGAUUACUGAAAUACAAGUUAAUGCAACAUUAAAGAGCAUAUGACAUGAGAAAAAGUCUUAAAUGGCAU